CUUAUACUCCAGUUUUUUGAACCUCAGCAUUUUAACCGUCAGGCGCGACAAAUAAGUUGACUGUGUCUGUGAGUUACUCGAUCAAAUAAACGGAGCGGUUUAGUAAAACGUGUUCCAUUGGCAAGCUCAUUUGUUUUAGCUGAAAUAAGAAAAAUGGAAUUGGAUUCCAUGAAGUAUGCCGAAUUGCGCAGCCUUGCAAAGGAGGUUGGGCUCAAAACCUCAAAACUGAAGGUACAGUAAAUUGCAAACAGUAACGUUACUGCAUUGGGUUGUUUGUGCGUUAGCUAGAUAACGCUAGCUAGCUAACGUUAGCCAACUAGCUAGUUGACAUUUACAUUUUAGCAGACGCUCUUAUCCAGAGCGACUUACAGUUAGUGAGUGCAUACAUGUAUUUAUUUUGUAUUUUUAUUUAUUUUUUCAUACUGGCCCACCGUGGGAAAACUUACUAUAUUAUCCACCACGUUGUUGUGCAAUGUACCUAGCUAACUCUGUGUUUUAUGUGUCAAUUACAAAGGCUGAUAAGCUUCUGAAGGCGCUCAAGGAGCACUUCCAGCAAGACAAACCGCAGGAAGAUGUUGCAGUGGACGUACGUUAAGUUCUGGCUUGAUGCCCUCCAACUUGUGUUCAAAUUAUCCUAUUUCUCGUUUGUUUUUGUUCUAUUUUACGUUAUACUACUACAUUGAUAUUGAUUACUGCAUUGAUAUUGAUUACUGCAUUGAUUUUGAUUACUGCAUUGAUAUUGAUUACUGAAUUGUUGGGAUAAGAGCUUGCAAGAAAGGCAUUUCACUGUUUUUGUGCACUUGACAUUUAAAAACGUGGCUUAUCACACUUCUACAUAAUAAUAAUAAUAAUAAUAUGCCAUUUAGCAGACGCUUUUAUCCAAAGCGACUUAGUCAUGUGUGCAUACAUUUUUACGUAUGGGUGGUCCCGGGGAUCGAACCCACUACCCUGGCGUUACAAGCGCCAUGCUCUACCAAUUGAGCUACAGAUGAUCUGCAAUGUAGACUUUGAUUUCUCCUUAACUUUCAUUUGUUUCUGUAUGUUUUAUAACUAGGUAUGUUUUGCAUUGUAAUUUUACAGCUAGUAGCAAACCUCUGGUUGUGUAUUUUUGCAGGAAGAUGAGACUGGCAUUGCUGCACAGGAUGAUAUCAACUCAACCCAGGAAGUCAACAAUUCAUCACAGGAAGUCAACUACUCAUCACAGGAUGGUGAGCCUUCCCUAAAACCUCCAACUCAGGAGUUUGUAACCAAACGUCGUGGUAGAGGGCGACCGAAGAAGAGGAAGGAGCCAGAAGAUGAGGAACCGGUGUGUGCCCCGAUGGUGCCACUCACCCCAGCAGAGGUAUAGCAACCUUUUGGUAUGAGAAGACCCACAAAAAUGUUUAGUGUACUGACAGUGGUCUCCAUGUAUCUAUGUCAAUCAAGGAUAUGCGUUUGCUCUGCAUUUGUCUGAGAAUUGCAAACUUGAACUAUCGCUCUAGAUGCUUGAGAAGCUGGCUGAACCCAGCAUCGGCCAAAGGGAGUGCUAAGAGAAGGAGAGCGUCUGCCGCUAAGGAUUCUGGGGUGGCAGCACUAGUGGAGGAGUCACAGAAAACCAACGUUGAGACGCAGCCUGAACCUGGCCACAAAGAUGCAGUGACAUUUGAGAAAGGUUGGUCUGGUGGACUAGGAUGAUUUGUAGACUCAUUUUUACACAAGUGUUACGUGGAUGUGUCCCCUGGCUUUUGUUUAUAAAAUGGGUGACUACGUGAGCAUCAACUCUGGUUUUAAUAAUAUAUCAUUAGGGCGGCAGGUAGCCUAGCUGUUAAGAGCGUUGGGCCAAUAACCGAAAGGUUGGUGGUUCGAAUCCCAGAGUCGACUAGGUGAAACAUCUGUCUGUGCCCUUGAGCAAGGCACUUAACCUUAAUUGCUCCUGUAAGUUGCUCUGGCUAAGAGCAUCUGCUAAAUGACUAAAAUGUAAAAAUCAUUAUUGAUCACAUUCUCAUAUUGCUUUGCACAGGAGUGGGACAGAAGGUGGUGAAACCAGUAGGAAAGAUCCCUCGCCAUGAGGGGCUCCUGAAGAGGACUAAAUCUAUGCUGAAGCCUACUACACCAAGUUAGUCAUCUGAAUCAUAUGUUCUGUAGCUACAUGAUCUAAGACAUGCACAAACUCCAAGGUCACAUUUUCAGGUCCUUGCUUGAAACAAUGUAUGUCCGGAAUGCAUUUAGCCUCAAGCUAAGUAGUGAAAAUUCUGACCUGAAAAAAUACAAUUUACACACUUUCUAUUGUAGACUUCAGAAAGCUCCAUGAGGCACAUUUCAAGAGGAUGGAGUCAAUUGAUUCAUACGUGGAAAGGAAGACCAAGCAAAUUGAUUUGUUCAGAAGUUCAGUGAAGGAACUGAAGGUAAUGAACUAUAAUAGAGGUGUUUUGUGUUGUGGUCAAGGUGGGGUUCGAUGUUCAAUCUCAAAUAAUAAGCCCAAUAAACUAUAAAUUACAAAAUUGCGUAGCUAAUUCCUACAUUUAGCAAAUGGUUAAUUAUAUGUAUUUGUGUAUUCUUUAGGUUCUGUCAGAUAAGACUCUUUCUAAACCAACUGAAGGAAACCCUCCAGCAGUAAGUAGUACAUGUUGGACCUUUUAGGUUCUUAAUGAGUGGUUCCAAGUCAAUUGUUGCUUGGCGUGAUCAAUCGUUUGUGUUUUUCCAGAUCUCGACCCCGAGGUGUGCCUCCCUGUUCAGCCCAGCAUCCCGGAGACCUGCCACAGACAAAUGCAGACAGAGCCGGGUCUCAGCCGGCAAAUCUGCCGCAGACAAACGUAGACUCUCGGCCAGCAAGCCAGCUACGGACAAAAGCAGACGGACCCGGGUCACAGGCCACUAACAGCCCCCGGAAGGACACUGUUGUUCCAUUCAGACCAACAGUCCUGUCCACUUGCAGGAUCAAUGUUCGGUGAGUAUUUUUAAAAACAUUAUUGAUUUAGUUAAGUACCAAGUACUUCCCGAGUGGCGCAGUGGUCUAAGGCCACAGGCUAGCUGUGCCACUAGAGAUCCUGGUUCGAAUCCAGGCUCUGUCGUAGCCGGCCGCGACCGGGAGACCCAUGGGGCGGCGCACAAUUGGCCCAGCGUCGUCCAGGGUAGGGGAGGGGAAUGGCCGGCAGGGGAUGUUGGUAGAGCAUGGCGUUUGCAACGCCAGUGUUGUGGGUUCGAUUCCCACGGGGGGGGGCCAGUAUAAAAAAAUAUAAUGUAUGCACUCACUAACUGUAAGUCGCUCUGGAUAAGAUGACUAAAAUGUAAAUGUACUUUUACAGUGCUGCUUAUAGGUAUACCACUUGUGAUGAACUUCACAUCAUGCCCUGUGUGAUGAGUUGUUGCACAAUAGAAGUGAACUAACUGGCUUUGUUCAGGUGACCCCCUUUUUCUAGAAUGAAAUGUUACAGAAUAAGUCCAACUGUUGGUUUUGUGUUCAGGUUCUCUCAGGCUACUCAGGAUAAUGAGCACAAGAGGUCCAUGGUGAAGACACCAGCACGAGCACGCAUGUCACCCCGUGUGGACCUCAUCACUCCUGGGAAGAAAGAGACUAAAGUUGGCGGGAAACGUGAAGUCAACAAGACCUCUGUUCUCUCUAGCACCAAGACGCCAGGUAACGUCCUUCUAAAUCUAGAUCACGCUAAAUCUAAUUUCUAUGUAGUCUUUUUCUAUGCAUUGCAACUGAAUGGAUUCCUUACUGUUUUCUAUUGUAUUUUUCCUUCAUAAGGAACAGCAUUUGUGUUUAAUGCAAACGCCAGUGUUCUUUCUAACACUCCUGGAACCAACAAGAAGGCCAACUUUGAUCUGAAGGCCAGUCUCUCUAAACCUCUCACCUACAAGCCUCACAGGGGUAAGAUAUGUCACCAUUCAGAUUCUAAAGGAACCUGACCAUUCUGCGUGAAUCUGAUAAUGUCAGUGAUUAAUAACAGUCAAUAACCCCCUGGUUUAUCUUCUCUGUAGGGAAGCUGAAGCCUUUUGGAGAGACCAAGGAGAACACAGCUGAACAGUCUCAGACAGUUCCUUCACACCAGAAGAACUACAAACAGCACCUGGUUCAGACACGGUGAGUAUCGGGAACAAAAAGUUAAAAGUGGAGGGAGAAUUUGAUUGAAUUCCCAGCUUUUGUCAAUUCAUCUUUCGUUGAUUUACUCAAAACAUAUUGGAGAAGAAGGUCCAAGGGACUAAUUGAGAAAGCCUCUGUCCUAAAACUUGUUCCCUCUCUGAAUGGCUGAAUUGCCUGUUAUGUUGAUUUCCAUAUUGCUUUUAUUCCAGGGAGGAAAGGAGGACAAAACAGACUGAAGACAGGAAGCGGAAGAAAGAGGAGAUGCUUGGAGCCAGACGAGGCCUCGUCAUGACCUAAUUAUUCUGUACUUUUCACUCUUCUGUAAAGUUUAAAUCCUGUUUUUACCUCAUCUGUUCUUACUGCUUUACCUCAUCUGUCCUGUUCUCACUGCUUUACCUCAUCUGUCCUGUUCUUACUGCUUUACCUCAUCUGUUCUUACUGCUUUAUCUCAUCUGUCCUGUUCUCACUGCUUUACCUCAUCUGUCCUCUGCACUGUUCUUAGUUCCAACCUGUUAUGAUUGUUCGAUUUUACUCUGUAGUUCCUCAACAUUAAAAAAUAGUUAAGUGUUUUUUAUGAACUUUAUUGUUCACAUUAACAUGUUUCAUAUUUCGUACACCAGUGUCGUUGGUAGACCAUAGUCUUAAAUAUUUGU